AUGGAACUUGCAACAACUAAGUGCUGGUUCAUCUGGAAGGAAAGCUGUCUUAGGAUUUUUGAAGAUAAAUCUAGAACACCUGAACAACUUACAUUAGAUAUCACUAGACACUAUGCUUACUGGCAUCCAGCAAACUUGGAUAGUUUGACUGAACCUCAAUGUAGAAUUAUAAAACCAAAACCAUAUUGGAACUUCCCAGUCAUUAACACUUUCAAACUGAAUUGUGAUGCAUCCUGGUUAUCUGAGAAUACUAAUGCAGGGUUUGGUUUUAUCUUUGGUAACUGGACAAGAACCUUCAAAGGAGCAGAAUCAGGUGUCUUCAGAAAUUCCACAGCUGAAGUAGCAGACGCUUUAACUGUUCUGCAGGCAACUAAAUGGAUCAUCUCAAAGAAUUUACAAAAUCUGGUCAUUAAAGGGGAUAAUCAGACAGUAAUGAGGCACUUACAAAGAAAAUUUUCUACCAUACAAUGGAAAAGUCUGGCCAUUCUUGAAGAAGUAAAGAAGAUAGCAGACAACCUAGUUUCUUUUUUGGGUUUCCACUAUGUAGACAGAAAGGACAACAGAGUAGCUGAUCUAUUGGCAAAGAAAGGAAGGAAAAGCAACAUCAUAACCUCUUGGGAAGACCAAGCUCCUAGUUUUUUAAUUCCAACAAUAACUUAUGACACUGUCAAAGCUUAUGAAAUAUGUAAUUUAAACAGCUUUCCUGUAACAGUUUCUGAGGGGAUUAAUCUGACAGAUUCAAUCAUCGAAAAUACUACUCAUUCUGAGUUGGUAACUGAUGAGACUGAAAUAAUAUGA